UUCCUUCUUAAUCAUAUCUCCACGUUUGGUCCAUGUACCAUUGUCUGUCUCAGUUUCUCUCUCUCUUCUCUCUCUCUCUCUGUCCCCCGUUUUCUUCCCUCUGCUCAAGCUCAAACUUCUCCCCAAUGGCGGAGGAGCGCCAAGGGGAGCCAUCAAUGGCUGCGGGUGAGGUAGCGAAGAGAGCAGAAGGGGCCGCCCACCUCCCGAGAACAGAGCCCCCCGCCUCCAGUUUCGUCGGUCGGCACAGGCUAGCCGCCUCCAUCACCCACCUCCAUAACCAGAUCAAAGCCCUUCAGGAAGAGCUGGAACAGCUCGAGACCAUCGGUGAAUCCUCCAUUGUCUGCAGAGAACUGAUCCCGAGUGUCGAGUCCAACCCAGAUCCCCUGCUUCCAGUGACGCGAGGCCCAGCCGAUGCAGGAUGGGACCGGUGGUUCCGUGGAGACAACACCUCCCGAAAGCACAAGCGAUGGAUCUAAAUGACACAUCGAGUUUCAUUCUUCUUAUAUAAGCUAAUUUGUGGUUCCUUUCGAGAUAGAUAUAGAUACGGAUAGAUUGGUCUAUAUUUGCCGUGUAUUUUCGAUGAUGCCAGCAGCGAUUACUCCUAAUAGAAAGUAAUGGAAAAGCAAAUUAUCGAAUCAGGAUAAGACUUCCAUCC